AUGUUCUCGAACUGUGUGGUGCCAAUUAAAAACUGGACAGAUUCGGUGUUUCUAUCCUUUGUUCUUUGUCUCUUUUUCUUUGCCGAGGGAGACUCGGAGUCCGACUCCGAUAAGGCUGCUGAGGCCGAUUCGGACUUCACACUUGCAGACUUGCCCAAUAAAAGGAGGGGCAGGGUACGCCUUUCUCCACCAAGCCAAGCACAAGCAGCGAUCAGCCAACAACAGCAGAGAGCCUGUCACGAACUCGACGUCGUAGAAAACAUGGGGAGCGCAUGCAAGCUUGCUCUGCUCGCGAUCUCGCUCAUCGCCCUACUACUCCUGCCCUCUAACGCCGCCGCCGCUGUAACGAAAGCCAUCGACGCGAGCCGGAGAGAGCGCCUGGAGCUGCCCGAGUCGCUGGUCGGCCCCGAGAGCGUCGCGUUCGACGGCCACGACGCCGGGCCCUACGUGAGCGUCUCCGACGGCCGCGUCCUCAGGUGGGGCGGCGAGGGCGCCGGGUGGAAGACCUUCGCGUACAGCCCGAGCUACAUCAAGAACGACUGCGCCGCGCAGUCCGAGCUCCCGCCGGUCGCCACGGAGAGCUCGUGCGGCCGGCCGUUGGGCCUGCGGUUCGACACCGGGUCCGGCUACCUCUACAUCGCGGACGCGUACAUGGGACUCAUGAGGGUCGGGCCGGGCGGCGGGGAGGCGACCGUGCUGGCGACGGAGGCUGGCGGCGCGCCGCUGCGCUUCACGAACGGGGUGGACGUCGACCAGGUAACCGGCGAUGUCUACUUCACGGAUAGUAGCACGACGUACUCGCGGGCGCAGCACCAGAUGGUCACCGCCACGGGAGACUCCACAGGGCGCGUCAUGAAGUACGACCCACGGGCCAACCAGGUCACCGUGCUCCUGUCCGGCGUGACAUACCCCAACGGCAUCGCCAUUAGCGCCGACAGGACCCACCUUGUCGUCGCACUGACCGGGCCAUGCAAGCUGCUCAAGUAUUGGAUCCGAGGGCCCAAGGCGGGCACGUCCGAGCCGUUCGCCGACCUGCCCGGAUACCCGGACAAUGUGAGACCUGACGGGAAGGGAGGGUACUGGGUGGCGCUGCACCGCGAGAAGAACGAGUUCCCCUUUGGUGUGGACAAACACUUGGUCGCCAUCAGGCUUGGCGCUGACGGCAAGGUGCUGCAGGAGAUGAAGGGUCCCAAGAACGUGAGGCCGACCGAGCUGGUGGAGAGAGAUGGCGGCAAAAUAUAUAUGGGAUCCGUUGAGUUGCCGUACGUUGGCAUCAUUAAUAGUACCUAGGUUUAAUAACAUAAAUUUGAGAUGUAUUAGAAGUGCGCUA